AUGGAGGUAGUGACAGAUUCCCCCCCCCAGGAUCCCGACUCCGAGAGACACUUCCAAUUCCGCGUCAUCGUGCUGGGGGACGCGGCCGUGGGCAAGUCCUCGCUGCUGCGCUGCUUCGCUGAGGGGCCGGGUGGGGGUCCUGGUGGGGCGGCCACCUCCGGCCCCACCGUCGGCGUCGAGUUCUACAGCCGGACUGUCCUGAUGCCACCCACCGGCAAGGCCAAGCUGCAGCUCUGGGACACAGCUGGCCAGGAGAGGUUCAGAUCCAUCACCAGGUCCUUCUACCGGAGUGCGGCAGGGGUGCUGUUGGUGUUUGACCUCACCAACCGGGCAUCUUUCGAGCACGUCCCCGAGUGGUACCACGAGGCUGCGGGGGACCAACCGCCUGCCUUCGUCCUGGUGGGACACAAGUGUGACCUGGUGGCCGAGCGAGCCGUAUCGGCAGAGGAGGCUGGACACCUCGCUGCCACCCUGGGCAUGGCCUUCGUGGAGACCUCGGCCCGCAGCAACGUUAACGUGGAGUUGGCCUUCCAGACUCUGGCUGGGGGUAUCCAGCAGGCCCUGGGCCGGGGGGUCCUUGCCCCACACCAGGGAUGUGAUGGUAUCAGGCUCAUCUCCAGCCAGAGCUGCCGCCAGCCCACGGCAUGGAGGGAGCCCCAGGAGCGCUGCCGGUGCUGA